AUGGCCCCGGUUCGACGCGGCCUGGUCGCUAUCGUCGUGCUUCUCGCCUUCGUCUUCCUGCUUCGAUCCUCCUCAUCAGCCUCCUCAGACUCCCGCGAUACACAUUCCUCCGAGAGACCCGUGCAGGUGCCGCCACGCGUCAGGACCCAUGCGGGGAGGCAACAAAGUGCCCAGUUCUUCAUUGAAGACAUCGCCGAUCGACCGCUGCGUGAACGCCUACGGUACCAGUACCCAUAUGAUAUCGACGCCAAGUUUCCGGCCUUUAUCUGGCAAACAUGGAAGGAUGUGCCCUCGUCCAGCUGGUUUCCGGAUGAGCUUCGCCCGUCCGAGGAGUCCUGGAGCCAACUGCACCCCGGUUUUGUUCAUGAAGUUCUAGGAGACAAGACCGCCGAGCACUUAAUCCGCUAUCUGUAUAGCUCAGUUCCCGAAGUCGUCGAGGCCUACGAGUCGCUACCGGUCCCCGUGCUGAAGGCCGACUUAUUUCGCUACUUGAUUCUACUAGCACGUGGAGGAGUUUAUUCAGAUAUUGAUACUGAAGCACUGCAACCGGCCAUUGACUGGCUUCCCAAGGACCUGGACCCGCUGUCUGUUGGCCUGGUUGUUGGCAUUGAAGCCGACCCAGACCGCCCUGACUGGCAUGACUGGUACUCGCGGAGAAUCCAGUUUUGUCAGUGGACCAUCCAGUCCAAGCCUGGACAUCCUAUUCUACGUGAUGUAGUCGCGACCAUUGUCGAGGACACAUUGCGAAUGAAGCGAGAGGGCAUUUUAACCAUGGCCCGCAUGGACAAAUCUAUUGUCGAAUUCACCGGCCCUGCCGUCUGGACCGAUGCCGUGUUCCGAUACUUCAACAACGAGGAUUACUUCCAGAAUGAAAAGUCCCGAAACGUUACUUAUGAGGAUUUCACGGGCCAGACGACCCAGAAAAAAGUGGGCGACGUCGUGGUGCUGCCGAUCACAAGUUUCAGUCCCGGAGUGGGACAAAUGGGUGCCGAGGAGCCUGACCAUCCCAUGGCUUUUGUCAGGCACGACUUUGGAGGUACAUGGAAACCCGCAAACGAACGUUACAUUGGGUGA